UAAGGACCUCUCAUGGUUAUGAAUUGUGAGCAACUCAUAUUGCAGGCAAGUUGAGUCUAGUUUACAUUGGAGUGCUCAGAUUUAGGUGUUUUAAAUGGAAAAUACGUCUAUUUGCAUAGAGACGCUAAUCAAUAAUAUUGCAUUGUAUUUAACUGGUAAUGAUUGUACAAAUAGUUCAGUCAUUAAAGUAAGCAACGACAGUUUGUCAACAAAUGGUGAAUUGUAUUUUUUACCUAGCCUAAAAGUAUGGAGGAAUGUGUUCCAAGGUAAAGAUGCAUGCGAUGGAAAGUGCACAACGGUUCUGCAACAUUUCUUGCAUAUGCACAAUAAGCGAAUAGAUGAUAAAACUGAUGUGGACAUUGCAAACGAGGUUUUAUCCCUAUUAAUAUCAUCGAGCGAAAGCUGGACGAUACAAAUUGAAAAAUAUUUUUUGCAGAAAGAAAGGAUCUGUUUGUUUUUGCAACGUGUUCCUAUUCUACAAUACUCUAUUAGGACAGUCAUUGAACGAAAACAUGACUACGGAAGAAGAUCGCCGGUUAAUAAAAUCUGUAGUUUAAGGACUCAGCAGGAUAAAGAAUCUGAACUAACAACGGCAAGGUUAAAUUUGAUACAAAUUGUUACCAAGAACAUCUUAGAUCUCCAUGGCUGCAAAAUAUCUAAAGAGGAUGCUGACCUUAAAGUUGUAUUUACCAGUAAGUCGCAAGGAAAAAUGGAGGACAGUUCUAAGAGGUGUGUAUGCGGCAUAGUCAAGAAUUCAAAAUCGAAUGGUAAAGAGACGCUGUUAACAUACGAGGAAUAUAUAGAAAAUAAGAUAAACGAAUUGAAAGUAUUAAAUGAUCAGAGGAAUUCUGAAAUGUAUGAGAAAGAUAUAGGAGCAGACGAACAGUUCCUUGAGAAUCUUGCUAAAGCAACAACCACAUUUGAAUUAUUGUCUGUAAAACCAAGCCGUGCUGUUUUUAUCGGAUACAAGGCUGCAGCUGACAGAACCACUACAAAUACAAAAGGUGCACCCUUUGUGUUAUAUAAUGCUACAAGAAUUGCUGCUAUUAUUGAAAAAUAUAAUAACAAAAGAUUGGCAGGAGAAUAUCCUGAUUUGCCAGACAUCAGUGAUGUAAACUUUUCUUUGCUGGACCAAGAAGAAGAAUGGGAACUUGUGUACAACUUUAUUAUCGGAUACCAAGAAAUCAUAAAGGAUUGCAUAAAAUAUGAACCUGUGUUCCAAACCAAUCCUCAAAUUCUAUGUAUAUUUUUAUCUAGAAUGUGUCAUAAAUUUAGUGUAUAUUAUCGCAGAAUUAGAAUUUUGACUGAAGCAUAUGAUCAUUUGAUUCCAACAAUGACCGCAAGAUUAUUCAUGCUGUAUGCAUUGCAAAUUGUAAUCCAAAAUGCUCUUACAUUAAUGGAUAUAGUUCCUGUGUCACGAAUGUAAUAGAAUAAUUAAAAAUAAUUAACUUUAAAUGUCAAAUAGAUAUAAUAUCAACAUCAAAACAUUAUACAAGCUGUUUUUAUGUAUAUUUUUCUCAAAAAAUAAAUAAAAAUCGCAAGAAAUAGAACAUAAA